AUGGGCUGGCAGGAGAAAUACGCCCUGAUUAUAGACGAGGUCAGCAUGUUGGGCGUACGGACGCUUUACGUCGUCAACGAUCAGCUCUGCAGGAUACGGGAGUCCAGCCGGGAUUUCGGUGGCAUACCAGUAGUCCUUUUCUUGCGGGGAUUUCCAUCAGUUUCGUCCCGUGAAAGAGAGAUCGAUCCUCCUCGCCAGCUUAAGAGUUAUGUGGGAGAAACGAUCACUUCGGUCCGGAGCAGCGACGAUAACACGACGUGGCUUACGUUCUGUGAAGGAAGUUCACCACGGUGGUGA